GGCAGAAGGGCGCGGCUGGGGGCGACAAGGCAGGGGGCGGGGACAAGCGCAAGGUGGUACGCAGGGCAUGCCCUCGCUGGGCGUGGGUCUCCAAGCUCGCGCAGCAUGACAACGCGUGCUUGCGCGGGGCGGCCUUCACCAACAGGGCGCCGCCUGGCCAGGCGCUUGACAAGAACACGGCUCAGAGCCUUCUCGAUGCGGCCAAGGCUGGGGCGAAGUCGGGGCGUGCGUCCACUGCGGUCCUAGUGGCCCAGCGCGCCACGGAAAUCACAGCGAAGGUGCAGCGGUCUCAGGGCGCUUUCGACAAGGCUCGUGCACGCCAGGUUCGCCUCACGCUGGAGCUCGAGAAUGUGAAGGGCGCACUAGCUGAGGCGGCUUCAGCGCUGGCGCUUGCAGAGAAGGAACGCGCUGAAGUAUUCAAGACGGUUGUCUCUCCUGGCCAGGUUGCGUCGCAGUCGGGCUCAAGUAUUGAUAUCCGCUCCUUGUUGGGGGGCUAUGAGCCUGAAGAGUCCAUGUUCGCGAUCAACCUUGGCCCUGCGUUUGACAACUCUGACGGCGUCAUGGGCGAGCAGGACCUGGCCAAGGUGAAACGCCGCAAGAAGCUGGUCGUGGGCGAGCUCAUGAAGGCGCUCAAGUCCACGUUCGGGGUUAUGCAGGAGAAGCUGCAGGAGCACCGCGAGAGCUUGGCCUCUGUCGGGGUAAGGGUGGCGAAGAAGCGUCGCCACGCCUCACC